AUGUCAGCUUAUCUAGACGAACAGACACCACAUUUACGUUCAUUACACGAUCAACUUUCAUUACCGCCCGAAGUGUUGCAAGCCGACCUAUCACGGAUAGAAGCUGCCAUCCGAGGUGUUAUCACGUCAAUCAUCAGAGAAAGAGAAGCGCAAGUGGAUAAGUUGAAGGAUGAAAUAGCUCAAGCGCAAAGGGAUGUGUCGAGUCUAGCAAGAGCUGUAGGAGAUAAAGGCAGAGAUAUAGUCGCAUUGAGUAGAAGGGAUAGUUUUGAAAAUGAUACGCUGCCGAAUCAGCUGCAAAGACUUACAGGUCAGAUGAACGAGUUGAAAUCGAUCUAUGAGUGUCGUUUGCAACAUGUUCAAAAACAACAAGCGAUGCUAGAUAAAUUGGCAACGCUGCUUGGCCCGCCAUUCCAAACAUCCAAACCACUUCAACCUGUCGCAUCCUCGUCUCAACAGCCUCAAGCAUCUUCAUCAGCACCGAUAGGGGAAGUCAAGAAAAGGUCAUCUGGUCAUACGCUCGCACAGCAGAUUGCAGGUGGGAAAAUACCGCCAACAUGGUAUGACGUUGGGGAUAGUAUAAGCGAAGAACUGGAUGAUGCUGUUUCCAAGGCUUUAGAGGAAAGGGAUACACGACGGAGAAAUCUAUGUCAAACACUUUUCAACCUGACAUGGCUUCAUUCUGAACUCGCAUUACCACCCGUUCCGACAUCGUUUCCUCGUCACUUCCCAGUUGAUCUCCUGCCGUCACAUAACGAAGAAGAGACUCCAGGUGCUUAUUCAAGCUACGAGAAGAUACUACAUCGCAUAAUAGGCUGCAAUCCACUACCUCCGGGAGAUUGCGAAGAAUGGGGCGAAGUUGACGAUUUAGAAGGAAUGGAAAAGGUUGAGCCCGAAAUAGGAUUGAUAGAAUGGGCCGAAGAAAUAACUGAAUUAUGGAACAGCAAGAAAGAAGAACAUGAAUCUAGGAUUCAAGAACUGUAUAAUCUAGUCGAACCACUUUGGAGUAGAUUGGAAGUUGAUCAGAAUACUAUGGAUCUAUUCGUGGACAUGAAUAGAGGUAGUGGCGAAUCCGUCAUAACAGCGUACGAAGCAGAAUAUGAAAGGCUACUUGAGCUUAGACGAUCGAGCUUAUCGUCAUUUAUCGAGAACACACGUAAAGAGAUAGACACUUUACAGACGGAAUUGAUGUUGAGUGAUGACGAGAGAGCAGAGUUUGGAGCAUUCAUCGAUGACGAGUAUACUGAAGAAUUGCUCCAUCUACACGAAGAAGAGAUUACUCGUUUGAGGGAAGAGACAGAACUGAAAUCGGCACUUCUGCCGAAAGUACGCGAAUGGCAUGCUUUAGUUAGGGAUGAAGAAGAGCUAGAAAGAAGUGCAAGUGACCCGAACCGGUUCAAGAUGAGAGGUGGAGCAAUGUUGAAGGAAGAAAAAAUGAGGAAGAGAGUGACAGUAUUGAAACCAAAGAUUGAGUCUGAUUUAUUAUCCAUGCUACCUCAAUGGGAAGAAAGCAAUGGCAGACCAUUCCUUGUGUCUGGCGAGAGAGUCGUCACCAAGAUUCAAGACGAAAGGGAUGCUAAAGAAGCCGCGAAAGAAGCCAAAAAGAGAGCGAAACAAGGUCUAGCACCAGCCAAGAUACUCCCAUCUCGUCAUACACCUUCAGCGUCUUCUUCGCGAUCCGUAUCAUCUUCAUCUCUUCAAGGCAAACGUACGGCUCCUACACCGACACAUCAACCUAAGAGACCUCGGUUGAUACCUGGUACGGGCUGUUCAACAGCAUCGUCGGUGUUUGGUGGAAGUUCGAUGCGGCCUACAUCUAAGACGAUACGGAGUGUUUCCGCAGCGACAACGAGAUCAGGAGCGGUUUCACCCACACCAUAUAUGGCUGGCAAAAGGAUAAUGUCACAUUCGUCGCUCUUUUCGGGAUCUAGGAUACCUUCGAUACAAGCUCCAACUAUAGGCUCAGGGAAAACGAUAAGUCCUAGCUUGGGAAUAGAAAAUGGUAGAAAGCCUAGAAUGAGCUUCAAACCUCGUCCAUCCGUUUUCCCGACGAUGACUCAGGGUGACAUCGGAGGAAAUGGAUGGGGACUUGUAGAAGAGGAUGAAGAUGUGUUUUAG